UUGAACUCGUCGCUUUGACGUUAUGUCAUUACUCGGUACCGGAAGGAGAGUCUGGGAGCGAUUUCGGAGUUAUGGCUGCGGUGGAUAUCAGAGAUAAUCUGCUGGGAAUCUCUUGGGUCGACAGCUCUUGGAUCCCCAUUUUGAACAGUGGUAGUGUUCUGGAUUACUUUUCAGAAAGAAGUAAUCCUUUUUAUGACAGGACGUGUAAUAAUGAAGUGGUCAAAAUGCAGAGGCUAACACUAGAACACUUGAAUCAGAUGGUUGGAGUUGAAUACAUCCUUUUACAUGCUCAAGAGCCAAUUCUUUUCAUCAUUCGAAAGCAACAGCGGCAGUCCCCUGCUCAAGUUGUCCCUCUUGCUGAUUACUAUAUCAUUGCUGGGGUGAUUUAUCAGGCACCAGACUUGGGAUCGGUUAUAAAUUCCAGAGUGCUUACGGCUGUGCAUGGUAUUCAGUCAGCUUUUGAUGAAGCUAUGUCUUAUUGUCGAUAUCACCCUUCCAAAGGGUAUUGGUGGCACUUCAAAGACCAUGAAGAACAAGAUAAAGUCAAACCAAAAGCUAAAAGAAAAGAAGAACCCAGCUCUAUUUUUCAGAGACAGCGUGUGGAUGCUUUACUUGUAGACCUUAGACAAAAAUUUCCACCUAAAUUUGUGCAGCAAAAAUCUGGAGAAAAGCCUGUCCCAGUGGAUCAGGCAAAGAAAGAAGCAGAACCAGUACCAGAAACUGUAAAACCUGAGGAGAAAGAGACCACAAAGAAUGUCCAACAGACACUGAGCACUAAAGGCCCACCUGAGAAAAGGAUAAGACUUCAAAAAACAGAGAUCCAGUAAGGACCCAAGGACCCUGGAGGAGUUCUCUCCAGCUGCCUACCUGGGACCACCCGGCGGGUACACGACCUCCCAGACUGCGUGCUACCAGAUCCAGUAAGGACCCAAGGACCCCGGAGGAGUUCUUUCCAGCUGCCUGCCUGGGACCACUCGGCGGGUAGGUGUGUGACCUCCCAGACUGCACGCCACCAGAUCCAGUAAGAACCCAAGGAUCCCGGAGGAGUUCUCUCCAGCUGCCUGCCACCAGGUCCAGUAAGAACCCAAGGACUCCAGAGGAGUUCUCUCCAGCUGCCUGCCCGGGACCACCCAGCGGGUGCGCAACCUCCCACACUGCACACCACCAGAUCCAGUAAGGACCCAAGGACCCCAGAGGAGUUCCCUCCAGCUGCCU